UUUUAUUUUCUUUUUUUCUUUCUUUUUAACCUACCUGAUUUUAACAAAAAAAUGAAGACAUCUAGUCUGUGUAUGGCUGUCAUGAUGGCAGGCACAUGUUUAGGUGAGAUGAUUCAACAUCCAUUCAUGCAUCCAAUGCGACAUCAGAAAGAAACACAGCUCCAUGGAAAGUAUCUCCAUAUCACGGAUAUCCAUAUGGACAAACAUUAUGUCGUUGGAGCUACCAUUAAAUCAGAUUGUCAUCGUGAACCAAAAAAACACAAGAACAAGAAAAAGAAGCAAGGCCUAUUAGCAGGCUAUUGGGGUGCACCCGGUAUGGAUUGUGAUUCACCUCCACGAUUGGUCUAUCAUUCAAUCGAUACCAUAGCAGCAGAGUGGAAGGAUAAGAUUGAUUUUGUCAUCUGGACAGGUGAUAAUGCUAGACAUGACGCCGAUGGACUUAUCACUAGAACAAAAGAGGAAAUUGUGGGUUACAAUGUACAAGUCGCUGAAUUAUUAAAAGAAGCUUUUAGACUAGAGAGUAAUAGAACACUGCCUAUCGUCCCAUGCAUAGGUAAUAACGAUGUUCAUCCUCAUAAUGAAUUAAGAGGCAUGAAGGGUAAUCCCCAAUUACAAGAAUUCAGUGAAAUGUGGGACGACUUUAUUCCACUGGAACAACAAAAGGUGUUUAAACGCGGUGGAUAUUUUGCUGUGGAUGUGGUACCGGGACUUCGCGUCUUAUCGAUCAACUCGCUUUAUUUCUUUGGAUCCAAUGAUGUGGUGAACAGUUGUGGUGAUCUCUUGGGACCUGGUGCUAAACAUAUCAAGUGGAUGAAGAAACAGUUAAAACGCGCACGUCAAGAAGGUGUCAAAGUGAUUAUCAUUGGUCAUGUUCCACCUACCAUCAAGACAUUCAAGGACGAUUGCUUGGAUGAUUAUAUCAAAUUGUCUACUAAUUUUGCAGAUAUCAUUACUGGUCACAUGUAUGGUCAUGCCAAUAUGGACCACUUUCAAGUGUUAGGUCGAUCCUAUUCUAGUUUAAAUGAAGGAGGCAGUGAUGAUGAUGAUGAUGAUAUGCAUGUUCAAAAGGACACAGGGAGAUUUAUCUCUACCUUGCAUAAACAGUAUAAAAAAGUGAAAAAACUUCGAGAUACCGAGAAUUUGGUGGUGAUUCAUGUAGCUCCACCUAUGCUACCCCUCUUUUAUCCUACCUUUCGUGUCAAUGAAUAUGAAUCCAAUGUCCACUCUGCUCGUUUUGGUGAUUGGCUUAAAUACACCCAAUGGUACACCAAUCUGACCAUUUACAAUGAGGCAGCUGAUAAGGAAGGAGAACCCUUGAAACCUCAAUUUGAAAUUGAAUACAGUACGGAUGAGACUUAUAAUAUGACGGAUCUGACAGCUUCCAGUUGGCUGGAUUUUGCAGAAAGAAUUAGCUCCAAAGAAGAAAAACCCUUAUGGAAAGUUUAUUUAGCCAAUAUGUUUGUGCAAACCAACAACAAUUGGUAUGGACAAAGUGUACCCGUUCAAGAACCAUCUAUCAUUUCUUGGUGGCAAUGGGUUUUACAACGUCUUCUUUCUUAAUGAUAUUUUAAAGCACUUUUAAAUAAUAAUAAAUAUAGAUUUUUUAUUUAAAAAA